AUUAUUCGAAUUUUUUUCUUUAGGUGUCCACCAUGCCGUGCCUUUACUCCAUUUUUAAGUGAAAUUUAUAAUGAAUAUCAUAAAGAAAAAAAAUUUAGAAUUAUUUUUAUAAGUUGUGAUGCUGAUGAAAAAACAUUUAAUGAUUACUAUAAGAAUAUGCCUUGGCUAGCAUUAGACUAUAAAGAACGAAAGAAAAGCGAAGAAUUAUUAAAAAAAUAUAAUGUUACUGGAAUUCCAAAAUUAGUUUUAAUUGAUGGUGAUACAGGAAAAAUUAUUUGUACUAAUGCAGUUGAACAAAUUCUGUAUCUGGAUCCUGAAGGAAAAAAUUUUCCAUGGAAAUCAGCACAAUAA